AAAAACUACUCGGUUUUAAACCCAUCUCUUUAACGAUUCGGUGCAGUGAUGGUGGCUUUCGUUGAUAUUUAUCCGUAGAGUAGAUGCUGGCUUCCUUGGGGAGUUCGAGCCCUGUUGGCUCUUUGUCUUCAGAGGAUCACGACUUUGAUCCAACCGCUGAGAUGUUGAUUCAUGAGUAUGAUGAUGAGAGAACAUUGGAAGAGGAAGAGCUUUUAGAAGGAGAGAGAAAUUUCAGUGCAGAACUGUCCGACUUGGAAAGGGAGGGGAACAUGCCGAUCGAUGAGCUGUUGGCCAUGUAUCGUUACGAGGCGUCAGUCAGUACUGGUGCAGGAUCAAGCAUUGACAGUUCCUCUGUUGAACUAGCAGAUGAUCUGCCUGACAUGACCCUGGAUAAGGAGGAGAUUGCUAAAGAUCUCCUGUCAGGAGAUUAUGAGGAGGAGACCCAGUCGUCUGCUGAUGAUCUGACCCCUUCUGUCACUUCCCAUGAGGCCACGGAUUUCUUCCCCAGAACUCUAAGAUCCAAUGUAACAUAUGACGGUGAUAAAGAAUCUGAGGGGGAGGAGGACGGUGUAAACAGUGAAGAUUCUAGAAAGGAAAUAAUGGUGGGAUCUCAAUAUCAAGCAGAAGUCCCAGCAGGGCUCAGCCACUAUAAUGAUGAUGAAAAGGUGUACGAGGAGGAAGAUCAGCUGCUGUGGUGUCCUGACGAACUGUCAGAGUAUAAAGUGAAAGACUACCUCAGAGAAGCACUGUCACAGUCUACAGAUGACCGCACGCAUUAUUCCACAUCUGAACACAUACGAGACAACGAGCAGGCUUUGUUUGAGCUUUUGAAAUGUAAUUAUGACACUCGUGAGGCGCUGGUUCGAUACUGCAGUAAUGUAAAGACCUCAAAAGAAGAAUCACCACCAUGGUCAGAGGAGGAAUGUAGGAACUUCGAACAUGCGCUGCAGAUUUAUGAGAAAAACUUCCAUCUUAUUCAGAAACACAAGGUUCAAACACGGACUGUAGCAGAAUGUGUGGCUUUUUACUACAUGUGGAAAAAGUCAGAACGUUUUGACUACUUUGCUCAACAGAACCGAUUUGGCAAGAAGAAAUACAGCUGUUACCCUGGUGUGACGGACCUGAUGGAUCGGCUGGUAGACGAGGCUGAGGGUCUGGCAGUGGACGGCUCUUCACCGGUGUGUUCAGCUGGAGCAGGAGGAAGACUAGAGGCAUCGGCAGAGCAACAGCUCGGACUGCUCAACUCUAUCACUGCCAGUGACCUCACAGCUCUUAGUAACAGUGUAGCGAAUGUGUGCAACGGUCCAGCAGAGAUGAGCUGUUUGGACUCUCCGUUCUUCCCCCCUCUGGAAAGUUUGCACCGAGCAGCCCUGAACCAUGACGAUCAGCUCAGCUACGGAACGAAUGGAGACGGCGUCUGCCUCAACAUGCUGGAUUCAGGCUUUUACCGCUCUGACCUGGGCCAGCUCAGCAUGUGCAGCAGCAAAGACUGCGAACGACCCUCCAAGAGGCUCAAAAUGGGCCUUUCAGAGUCCUUCAUCAACGACGUGGACUUCGAGGGCAGACGAGCACAUCGCAUCACAGGCGCCACAAUGGCGGUUUCGGUCACAGACUUCAGUGGCAUCGGGAGUGAAGCCAACGCUUUCAUCAGCUCUCAUUCUCGACACCACCAACACACUGCACUUCAGUCCGACUGACUCUCUAGUUCUGACAUCCAGACUCACCUUCAUCCGCUCACUGACUAUUAGUUCUUUUUUAAAUUAAAAAAUGAUAUCUAUAUAUAAA